AUGAUGUGUUCAGCUGCCUUCACACAGGCAACGGUGGCAUCCACAAAGGCCUCACCUGACCUCAUGCAAUCACUUCACUGGGCUAGUGCACCACUUGUCCUCGAAGGCCGCUCAGUUGAGGAUGAAAUUGUUCGACAGUCGCACUCCGACAUUGCCACCAUUGUCAUCAGUUACACCAUCAUGGUGGUCUACGUCAGCAUUUGUCUUGGCAACUACCGUGGACUUCGAACCUGCCUCUCGUUGUUGCUACUGGCAGUUGUUUUAGCCCCGCAAGACGAUAGGAAAUUGGCCACUGGACAGAAGAAGGCCGAUGCAAUGCGCAAAGAAAAGUGA